CACUGAGCCAUUCCAACAGGACACCACCACCAGGAUGCCACCAAAGAAAGUGAAAAUCCAAGUGGAGGAAAAAGAAGAGGAUACUGAGGAAAGCACAAGUGAAGAAGAGGGAGACAAACUACCUAGGAGAGAGAGCUUAAGACCAAAGAGGAAACGGAAGAGAGAUGUUAUCAAUGAAGAUGACCCAGAACCUGAACCAGAGGAUGAAGAAACAAGGAAGGCGAGAGAAAAAGAAAGAAGGAGGAGAUUGAGAAGAGGAGCGGAAGCAAAAAAAUUUGUGAGCGAAAAUGAAGGGGCUCUUGGGAAAGGAAAAGGAAAGCAGUGGUUUGCAUUUAAGAUGAUGAUGGCCAAGAAAUGGGCAAAAUUCCUCCGUGAUUUCGAGAACUUCAAAGCUGCUUGUGUCCCAUGGGAAAACAAAAUCAAGGCAGUUGAAAGUCAGUUUGGUUCAUCGGUGGCUUCAUACUUCCUCUUCCUGAGAUGGAUGUAUGGCGUAAAUAUGGUUCUCUUUAUCCUGACAUUUACCCUGAUCAUGCUUCCUGAGUACCUCUGGGGCUUACCAUAUGGCAGCUUACCCAGGAAAACCGUCCCAAGAGCCGAAGAAGCUUCUGCAGCCAAUUUUGGCGUGCUGUAUGACUUCAAUGGUUUGGCACAAUAUUCCAUCCUCUUUUAUGGCUACUAUGACAAUAAACGAACGAUUGGAUGGCUGAACUUCAGACUUCCCCUGUCUUAUUUCCUGGUGGGGAUCAUGUGCAUCGGAUACAGCUUUCUGGUUGUCCUCAAAGCGAUGACCAAAAAUAUUGGUGACGACGGAGGUGGUGAUGACAAUACUUUCAACUUCAGCUGGAAGGUCUUCUGCAGCUGGGACUACCUCAUAGGCAAUCCCGAAACAGCUGACAACAAAUUCAAUUCCAUCACGAUGAACUUUAAGGAAGCUAUCACAGAAGAGAGAGCCGCCCAGGUAGAAGAAAACGUCCAUCUGAUCAGAUUCCUGAGAUUUCUGGCUAACUUCUUUGUGUUUCUGACGCUCGGUGCCAGUGGCUACCUCAUCUUUUGGGCCGUGAAACGAUCCCAGGAAUUUGCACAGCAAGAUCCUGACACCCUGGGGUGGUGGGAGAAAAAUGAAAUGAACAUGGUUAUGUCUCUCCUGGGAAUGUUCUGUCCAACGCUGUUUGACUUAUUUGCUGAACUGGAAGAUUAUCAUCCUCUCAUUGCUCUGAAAUGGCUUCUGGGACGCAUUUUUGCUCUUCUUUUAGGCAACUUGUAUGUUUUUAUUCUUGCUCUGAUGGAUGAGAUUAACAACAAGAUUGAAGAAGAGAAGCACGUGAAGGCCAAUAUCACACUGUGGGAGGCCAACAUGAUCAAGGCCUACAACGCAUCCCUCUCAGGGAAUACCACCGGGCCUCCCUUUUAUGUGCAUCCUGCAGAUGUACCACGAGGACCCUGCUGGGAAACAAUGGUGGGACAGGAAUUUGUGCGGCUGACUGUUUCUGAUGUUCUCACCACUUAUGUCACAAUCCUCAUUGGUGAUUUCCUCAGGGCGUGUUUUGUAAGGUUUUGCAAUUAUUGCUGGUGCUGGGAUUUGGAAUAUGGAUAUCCUUCAUACACAGAAUUUGAUAUCAGUGGCAACGUCCUUGCUUUGAUCUUCAAUCAAGGCAUGAUAUGGAUGGGUUCCUUCUUCGCUCCUAGCCUCCCCGGCAUCAAUAUCCUCCGGCUCCACACGUCCAUGUACUUCCAGUGUUGGGCAGUGAUGUGUUGCAACGUUCCUGAAGCCAGGGUCUUCAAAGCGUCCAGAUCAAAUAAUUUCUACCUGGGCAUGUUGCUGCUCAUCCUCUUCCUGUCCACCAUGCCCGUCCUCUACAUGAUCGUGUCUCUCCCGCCAUCUUUUGAUUGUGGUCCUUUCAGUGGCAAAAACAGAAUGUUUGAAGUCAUUGGUGAGACUCUAGAGAAUGACUUCCCAAGCUGGAUGGCAAAAAUUUUGAGACAGCUUUCCAACCCUGGACUAGUCAUCGCUAUCAUUCUGGUGAUGGUCUUGGCCAUCUAUUAUCUCAAUGCAACUGCCAAGGGCCAAAAGGCAGCAAAUCUGGACCUGAAGAAGAAAAUGAAACUGCAAGCUUUGGAGAACAAGAUGCGAAACAAGAAGAUGGCAGCCGCGCGAGCAGCUGCAGCUGCUGGUGGGCAGUAA